CGGACGGUCUGCUCUUCUCGCAAACAUGUCGCCCAUGAAGUUGUGUGUUCCAGGUGACAAACUGUGCAGUGUAGACGACUGUAUCCCAGGCACAGGGGUGUAUCUCCGACAUGGAUACAUAUACUCCUCGCUAGCAGGCUACGUGCUCAGGAAAAAUGAGGGAGAGGAGUUACCAGUGAUCUCAGUGGUUCGGGAAACGGAAACACAACUACUGCCAGAUGUAGGCGCAAUCGUCACCUGUAAGGUGACCAGCAUCAACCCCAGAUUUGCCAAAGUUCACAUCCUCUACGUCGGCUCCACGCCACUGAAGGACCGCUUCAGAGGGACCAUCAGGAAAGAAGACGUUCGUGCAACAGAGAAGGACAAGGUGGAAACGUACAAAAGCUUCAGACCAGGAGACAUCGUUCUGGCUAAAGUCAUUUCCCUCGGGGACGUUCAGUCGAACUACUUGUUGACAACAGCAGAGAACGAGCUGGGGGUGGUGGUGGCACACAGUGAAGCAGGUGCCCAGAUGGUUCCCAUCAGCUGGUGCGAGAUGCAGUGCCCGCGGACGCACGCCAAAGAGUUCCGAAAAGUGGCACGAGUGCAGCCCGAGUACCUCCAAGCGUGAGAGCACUGAAACUCCUUCCUACCACAAGGAACACACAACUUCCUUCCUUUCUGCAGCAGCCCUCCCUCCCUCCAUCGCCGCCGCUAGCCUCCCGCGCCGCCGCAGCGCCGGCUCGUGCCUGCACAACAUCUGUCAUCCUUUCACUCCAAACAUUCCAAAACAUCAUGCAGCUGGUGUUUAAAGGUUUAACCUGCAGCCUGCUCGUUUGCCUUAAAGCUUCCCAAUGAGAACUGUAUCAGUUUACUCGGGAAAUCAAACAGUUCACUGUAAAUAAGGAGUCCUGGAGUCUGGAAGAUCGUCAGGUUACUUGGGGGAGGAAGCAGCAGGCUGUCGACAACACUCAGCAUUUUGAAGCAGAAAGGGAGAGGCGACUUGUUUUUUUUCCUGAUGUCUUUUAUGCAGCUGAGAGUUUUUGUAACGUGUUGAUAAAACUGGGAAUUCAGCUGAGACGUGUCAUUUUUUUUCCUCUUUUGCUUUUCUGUUCAAAGUGAACUGUCUUAAAGGAAAAUGUGAUAAAGGGAGCCAAACGUUGAGUCAGAUUUAAAACUCAACCACCAUGCAUGGAGCAUUGAAGUACAACAUAUGAUAGUCCAAUCUGCCAGAACUGAACCUGUAGUGUACAUGUUUUUCCACUUUAAAGCAGAAGGCAACAAUAAACGACUAUCAAAUCA